CGUUGCUUUACCCACAGCAGACAAGAAUUUGGGGCUGUGACUCAACAGGAGGAGGAGGAAGAGCAGGGCCAGCACCAGCUGGUGGUGGGGGCUGAGCCCAGCCCGCAGUGAGCAGCCAGGACCCCCCUGAGUCCCGGGCAUGGCCGGGGGACGCCGGGGUCCCAACAGGAGCUCCUACUGCCGGACCCCGCUGUGCGAGCCCGGGGCUGCCGGGGCUGCCGCGCACUCCUCGGGCUCCUCGGUCACCGGCGUGCGCUCCCGCACCAGGAGUGGCUCGGGGACAGGCCUGUCCAGCCCCCCUCUGGCAGCCCAGACCGUCGUCCCCCUGCGGCACUGCAAGAUCCCCGAGCUGCCCGUGGAGAGGAGCGUCCUGUUCGAGCUGCAGCUCUUCUUCUGCCACCUCGUCGCCCUCUUCGUCCACUACAUCAACAUCUACAAGACAGUGUGGUGGUACCCUCCCUCCCACCCUCCCUCUCACACCUCCCUGAACUUUCACCUCAUUGACUUCAACGUGCUGACGGUGACAACCAUCGUCCUGGCACGGCGCCUCAUCAGUGCUGUCGUCAAGGAGGCUUCCCAGAGUGGCAAGGUGUCCCUGCCACGCUCCAUCUUGCUGGUGCUCACUCGCUUCGCCGUGCUCACGGGCACGGGCUGGAGCUUGUGUCGCUCCAUCAUCCACCUCUUCAGGACCUACUCCUUCCUCAACCUCCUGUUCCUGUGCUACCCGUUUGGGAUGUACAUCCCCUUCCUCCAGCUGAACUGUGACUUUCGCAAGGCCGGGCUCUUCACCCAGGUCACCAACAUUGGCCCCAGGGACACGGGGGAGGUGACAGCCCGGGGCAGGGACUACCUGACAGUGCUCAAGGAGACGUGGAAGCAGCACACGAGGCAGAUGUACGGCAUGGAGGCCAUGCCCAGCCACGCCUGCUGCCUGUCCCCGGACCUGAUCCGCAACGAGGUGGAGUUCCUGAAGAUGGACUUCAACUGGCGCAUGAAGGAGGUGCUGGUGAGCUCCAUGCUCAGUGCCUACUACGUGGCCUUCGUGCCUGUGUGGUUUGUCAAGAACACGCAGUACUACGACAAGCGCUGGUCCUGCGAGCUCUUCCUGCUGGUGUCCAUCAGCACCUCGGUGAUCCUCAUGCAGUACCUGCUCCCUGCCCGCUACUGUGACCUGCUCCACAAGGCUGCAGCACACCUGGGCUGCUGGCAGAAGGUGGAUCCUGCCCUCUGCUCCAACGUGCUGCAGCACCAGUGGACUGAGGAGUGCAUGUGGCCUCAGGGGGUGCUGGUGAAGCACAGCAAGAACGUCUACAAGGCCGUGGGUCACUACAACGUGGCCGUGCCCUCGGACGUGUCGCACUUCAGAUUCCACUUCUUUUUUAGCAAACCGCUGCGAAUCCUCAACAUCCUGAUCCUGCUGGAAGGAGCUGUCAUCUUCUACCAGCUCUACUCGCUGAUUUCCUCGGAGAAGUGGCACCAGACGAUCUCCCUGGCUCUGAUCCUCUUCAGCAAUUACUACGCCUUCUUCAAGCUGCUGCGGGACCGCCUGGUGCUGGGCAAAGCCUACUCCUAUGCUGCCAGCAGGGACUCAGAGCAGAAGUUAAAUUAAAACAAUUGCACUGAUGCUCUCUCUCAGCCUAUUACAGAACAAACAAAAAAACGAGAAACCCUCAGAGCUUUGUAUUUUUGUUACCACUGCUUUUUUUUUUUGUUGUCGUUUUCUUUGAUAACUGAUGUAAUUAAAAGGAAAAAAAAGAAAAAACAUAUUUUUUUACUCCCAA